CGCAUAUUUUAGUUUCGGAGCUUCACUGAGCUUUCUGCGGUCGACUUCAGGUGGCUCUCUCGUCGGAGGAUCAAUUAUUCUCUCCGGGAAGCGUGCGCCAGCGGACGUCUGUCCACUGGAGUCAGCUGUCGCGUAUCGCGAGAGUUGAAAUGACAGUCGCGAACACGGUGUGGAUCGCGACGAGUGAUUCUCCGGCGUGAAUAACGUUGAAAAAGUGUACGUGUGUGUCAAUUGUAUAACGUAGCCAACGGUCAGGGACGGUGAGCAUUACGAUAAUUGAUUAAUCGACCUGGAGAUAUGAACGGCGGCCUCGAGGUCCUUCGUGGACCCGAGCAGCAUCCAAGCAGAUUCGCCGAUUAUUUUGUUAUCUGUGGACUGGACAAAGACUCCGGACUCGAACCAGAUCGCUUUUUCGGAGACUCGUUGCAAUGCACGCCAUUGGAUCGUGCCUACAAAAGCAAAGUGCUCGGCCAUUAUCCAGACUCUGUACCUUGGAAUCCCUUCGACAAGCAUGCAGUAUGUAUGCUGUGCUUACCGAGCGGCCUGCGAUUUCGCACGCAGAAGCAUUCGGUGGAGCCAGUCUUUCACUCCUUCGUCCUGACCAAGGAAAAUGGCCACAGGAUCUACGGGUUCAGCUUGGUCUUCUACGAGGAGUGUCGCAACAGGAAAAUCUGCGCCGCCAUGCAGACACUGCAGGCGAUGCACAUCACCGAAUUGAGCAGCGGACAGAAUGGCACACCACCCGUGCCCAGAAAAGGACAGGAUGGUCACAACACCAGAUCUCUGCCAAGGCAUUUUAAACUGUCUGCCCACUCGCCCGGUGCUGCUUUGGGAUAUUAUGACUCCACCAAAGACAAACUCUUUGUUACCAAAUCAAUUUCUUUGCUGUGUCAGCAGCCGUAUCUUUAUGCGGCCAGAACAUUCCUCAUCAAUUUGUACAAAUGUGUCCCCAGGCAUCCUGGACCUGGUUUGAGUCUCGAGUCCUAUGUGUAUAAUUUAUUGUAUAACGUUCCGGUACCACUUCCGGGAAAAUCUUUAAAGUUCUUUGUACCUAAUGACGAGCCGGCUAAAUCGCCGUUGGACUUGGUCAUCUAUCAGCCAAUGUCGUCGGAGGAAUUACCUAUGCUCGAUUAUCCACUUAAGGAUGUUUUUUCUUGGCUUGGGGUCGACUGCGUCAUACAACUUUUUACCUGUGUACUACUGGAGAAUCAGGUGCUGCUCAGGAGUGCUAACUUCAACAAGCUCAUGGUGGUGUCUGAGUGCAUCACUGCACUUCUUUUUCCCUUCUCCUGGCAACACGUUUACGUGCCUAUACUUCCGGCGAGCUUGCAUCACUUCUUGGAUGCGCCUGUGCCGUUUAUUAUGGGUCUUCAUGCGCAGAACGAGGGAGGAAUAUUGAAGAUUGCAAGCGAGGCUAAUCUGUGCUAUGUGGAUAUCGACAAGCAGACCACGCAAUUGCCAGAGGAACUUCCGGUCUUUCCGCACAAGAUGCAGUUCAUUGCGGAAAUUCGGGCUUUGCUGAACAAGUAUAAGGUUCCACAUCCGGACAAAACUGACAAUGUGGCUAUGCAUUAUAUUAAUGGAGAUAUUAUGACCAGUAGCUUGACUCUACCUGGUUCCGGUUUUCAUCAUCCACGUAGAAAACAUUCAUUUCACGAUGUUCUUGAUUGGGAUCGUCCUGAGCCUGAACCACAAUCUGAGGCUUUGCAAAGAAUUGUGGAUAUUGUCAAGAGAACAGGAAUUAAUUUGGAUGAUAUUGAUUCCGUGGAAAAUGUACCAAAAGAACGAAUUUUGACGCCUCAGGAGGAAUAUCAGGAGACUCUCAUUUUCAAUAAUUCCGUCAGAGAGAUAUUUCUUAAUCGUUUCGUUCAGAUUUUCUCCAGUUACGAGCACUUUGUUAUUCAGCCGAGUCAGGACAAAGACGAGUGGCUGACAAAUCGGGACAGCAUGCAUGUUUUUGAUAAAGCGACGUUUCUCUCGGAUCAGCCGGCUCAGCAUUUGCCAUUUUUAUCAAGAUUUUUGGAAACUCAAAUGUUUGCUUCACUGGUAGACAGUAAAGUAAUGUCAACGUGGAGCGAGUUGGACUUCAACAUAAAAGUGUUUGAUCGUCGAAUUUCUCAUAUAAAAAAGAAGGUUGGCGAGGGUAUCGUGCGCUCACCUUGCUACGAGAUGUGCACGACCAUUGCGGAAACGCAAAAAAUUCUGGACCAGCGUUUCAAUAAUGUUGAUUUUGAAGCGAGUCCACCCACAGAAAUUGUGCCGCAUCGUGCUGCGUAUUUUCGUAGCUUUCCACUUUUGGACAACGUCGCUCUAAACAAAGAACCGGCACAAAGCAUCCUUCGCAGUCGGAGAGGGCAGACACAAUGGAAAUACAAAAUGAAGCUCAUCGAAUCGAAUGGAAAGACUUCAGCACCGCAAGAGACGCAGUCGCCACGACCGCAAACGAAAUUGUCGACAGACAUGAGUCCGGCCUUAAUUGCCCAAGCAAAUUGGACUUUCGUCGAAAAAUUGCUCAAGGACUGCAAGUCCAAAACGAAACGUAUGCUGGUAGAAAAAAUGGGCUCUGAGGCUGUGGCUCUGGGUCACGGGGGCGAAUCACUCUCUGACGUAGAAGAGAACACGUUGGUCGCUAGUCUCUGUGACCUUUUGGAAAGAGUCUGGAGUCACGGUUUGCAGAAUAAGCAAGGAAAGAGUGCGCUGUGGUCUCAUUUGACUAUGUAUCAGGAACUGGAGGAGUGCAAUGACACUGCUAAGUCAAUUGAUCCAAACUUUUUAACUCCUGCCAAGAAGGUGUCGAAUAAGUUUUUCGGAUUACCGGAAAGAUUGGUCUCAUCGUUUAAGAGCAGAAACAUUUUCGAAAUCGCUUCCUAUAUCAAGGAGAAUUUCAACGAUUUGUCCAAUUUAGCCCUGGAAACGGAAGUGUCUCCAACAAGAGGACGGGAACGUCACAAAUCUCCCGGGGAACGGAAGUCCAUAGGCCCUGAACACCUGAGGCCACUUCCGGAUACGCUGAUCUUCGACAUUCGCAACGUUCAAGCCAUGACCGACAUCAAAACUCACAUUGGAUACGCAAGAGCUUGGGUGCGAUUAGCUCUGGAGAAGAAGCUCUUGUCGCGACACUUGAAAACUCUGCUCUCCGACUCUAGUUUACUAAGGGGCCAAUACAAAAGAACUGCGUUUCUUCGCUGCGAGGAGGAAAAGGAACAAUUUCUUUAUCAUCUGUUAACGUUAAACGCUGUCGAUUAUUUCUGCUUCACAAAUAAUUAUCCAACGACUAAAUUACCUUAUCGAGUUGUCAUUUUUCCGAGUCGCAAAGCAAGCGCAGCAACCACUUCCGCCAACAGUUGGGUCGCCAUUUCCGGUACUCUCUGCGAAACUAACCCUGUGCCCAUUCCUAAAGGAACGUUAGAAUUUGUUUUUCAUCACAAGAAUCUUGGGGUACUAUCGACCCUUAGAAUCGGUCAUGAUAAUACUGGGCUUUCGCCAAAAUGGAUGGUAGAGCAUGUUGUGGUACGAAACGAAGUGACUGGACAUACCUUUAAAUUUCCCUGUGGUCGUUGGCUCGGCAGAGGAAUCGAUGAUGGCUCCACUGAAAGAUUAUUGGUUGGUGCUCUAGUUCCCAGGAGCAUCGAUAGCGAUGAACUCGUGGAAUCGUGUUCUACACCACCACGUUGUCGUUCUCCAAGUAUUCCCCGAAGACCAACCUUGUCCCAGGGUGAACUGCAAUAUAUGCUGGGAGAAGCAGUUAAUGCUAUCGUAAAAUUCCAUUAUCGUCGUGAAUCGCAAGACAGCUCCUUGACCGCAUUGCUCUGCGGAGAAGGUGGCCUGGUUCCUUCUUUGGAACAGACAUUUUUAUUUGGCUUUAAAAAUCAGAGGAUAUUUGGCAGAAACUUUUACGUAUGGGAUUAUCUUGUGAGAGUCAAGGAGAACUUUGAGAUUUCCUUGUUAGAGGAAAUGGACGAAUAUUCCCAGAGGCUCAAUCGGGAUCGAAGGAUACACUCAGAGAGUAAUCGACGUUUUGCUAUACUUCGAUGUUAUUCUCAUCUCAUAGAUCAGAUUAAUGCAUCUAGUCAGACUCUUGGCAAGGAUGGCAAGUUUCAGCUGUUUGUCUGUUUGGCAGCAAGGGAGAAACUGCUUCACCCGAUGCUACUGCCAAUGAGUGAAGCCCGUUCUACGGCUGACAUGUACGAAGAAACAUCGUUUCUGCGAAGUCCAACGCUUCUUAGUUUUUUGAUUCACAUUUUGGAACCACUGGGAGAAUUUCAUAUCGUUUUGGAAAAGAGUCUUACACACGGAAUCUCUAGCAUAUGCUGAGUAGUCUCGACCAGGGAAACAUUCCUUUUUUAUUAGAAGUUUUUGAUUAUGCAGAUUUUGCGUGAAACGCAGAACUCAUCCAGAGAGAAUUAUUGAAAGUGCAGUCCACCAUCUUUUUGAGGCUCAACGACUGGUAAUAAAUUGUAUAAAAUUUUAAGAUGACAACCAAGGUGCACCGAAUCUCUCUGGACUUUUUUUAAAAAUUUUUAAAUGAGUGAGCUUUUCCCACACUCGAGCUGCGGAGGAAAAUAAAAGCAAAGAGAGAUACACGUAAAUACUGAAGAUCCAGGAGAAUAAUAAAGGUUAGAUAUUCAGAUAUAUAUAAGAAAGAGAAAAGAAGGGAAAUGUAUUCAGCGAAUGCUGACCAGUGUGAUAUUUGUUUAUUUUCUCUUCGGAAUGGUUAAUCUAUUGAAGCCAAUCAGAUUGAUCGAUGAAUCAUUUACUUCGAUCAAUCCAUCUCGAGUGGCAAAUCCUAGAGUAAACUUGUACCAAAGAUAUUAAUAAGCGAUCGAUGUGUUGUCGUUCAGAUUAGCAUGAAUUCCGCAGAAUAUCCAUCAAAUGAGGAUUAAGGAAAAAGAGAGAAUCUAUACCAUGACAGAGUUAAUCCAUUAACGUUCUCGCGAUUUUUUCUUUAUAAUCAAUUAUUGACUCAUUAUUAUUGAAAUUAUUCAUUGAUUAAUUAUCCAUAGAUAGCAUAUGUAAAGGUUGUACACCGUCAUCUGGAUGAUGUGGUAUUUCCUGUAUAUAUAUUAUAUAGCAUACUAAUGCAUCGAUAUAGGUAGACAAAUUUAAACAAAUACAAUGAGAUGAGUGAUUGUAUUUUGGUUUCACCUGAUGAAAGUGAAUGAGGAUUAAUGCGAUUAAUGAUAAAAUUGACAAAUUACUGAUAACUAAUAAUCAAUUGCCAAAUUAAAAUUGCGUUUAGUUCUUAUUCGAACGAUUUCUCAAAAUUUCUCUGUUUACUUUGAUGACAACACAGAACAAAUGUGACUCUCUUACACUUAUUAAUUAUACUAUCCUAAAAGCAAAUAUUCUUCAUAAUAAAUAAACUAGUCAAGGUAGCUUUAAUUAAAUUCCAUAUUCCAUAAAGUAAUUUUUUGAACACUCAUUAAGAAGCCUCUCUGCUGCCUCCGUUCAAAAUUGAGAAAUCGUCAGUAGUCAUGGAAACUAUAAUGAAUCUUUAAAGAAAGUGUCUUUUUUCAAUCUUCAAAUUUCCUCCUCCCUUCUAUGUCUCAUCUCUAUUUCUAUUUUAUUCUUUUACAUUUAUCCUUGCACGUUCCAGUCGAAUCCAUUGUAAAAUCAAUCAUGAUGUAUGUAAUAUAUGAUCAAACCAUCUGUAAUAACGUAAUUAAGUUAAUGAUGCGACGUCUAUAUGCAUAUGUGGAUGAUUGUAAAUCGAUAUACUACUAUUAUCAUUAUUGUUGUGUUGUACAUACAUAUACCAGAAACACGUCCGUGUGCACAAUAUUCUCAGAAAUAUCCUCGACUCUUGAAAAAGUAAUUUUUUUUCUCAAAUUGUUCAAUUAUUAUAACAAUCUAAUAUUAGGUACAGGACUCUUAUAACAUACCUGAUAAACAUGUAAAGGAUAGACGAGAAUAUAAUUUGAGAAGACCACGUGAUUCUUGCCAAAACAGUGUAACUUGCAAACAAAAAUGUAAGAAAUUUUCGAUUGUCAUACCUUCAAUCAACUUUAUGACGUAAUGAUCACUCUGAAAAAAAAUGCAUUGGAAAACCUCCAAGAUAAUAAAUGUAAUAUCACAAGUGACGAAUUUUCAAAUUUGUGGCCGCAAUGCAUUUUCUUUAUGAUAGGAACAAUUCUUUUUUUAAUAAUUUAUCAAAUUGUCAAUUUUUUUCAAGUUCGUUGAAUGUAUCAUACAUCUCUCAGUGGCACUUUGCUGACACCUCGUCAAUUGUUAAUAAUAAUUUUUAAUCGAAUAGCUGAAUUUGUCUAUUACGGAUAAAGGAGGUGGGAGACUCGUCGUCAAGCAAAAUACUCAUUUUUUUCGCACAUGGAUAAACUGCAUUGUUCCGUUGCACUUUCAAUUGCAUAAUUACAACAAAGGUCACACUGCACUAGCGAACACUGCAGAGUUGCCAUGUGCACCGAUAAAAAUACUCUCUGUAAAUACGAGCAAAGUAAUCUCAAUAAGAGAGCGUACGCAUAUUGGCGCUUAGAUACUUUUACAAGAAGGAAUUCAAUUUGACGAAUAUAUGUAUAUACGAUAUAGAAGAAGCCUGCUAGAAGGAGAAGAAUUGUACAGUGAAAUAAACAACAAUUAAAAGUGAA